CUUUACGGCAGCGGGGCCGCUUCCCCUGCGCCUCCCGCGCCGGGAGCCGGCGGGGCCGCCAUGUCCUCCCCGGGGCGGUGCGAGGAGGCGGACCGGACGCUCUUCGUGGGGAACCUGGAGAGCCGCGUGCGGGAGGAGAUCCUCUACGAGCUCUUCCUGCAGGCUGGACCAUUAACCAAAGUGACGAUUUGUAAGGACAAAGAAGGAAAACCCAAGUCUUUUGGAUUUGUCUGCUUUAAACACAAAGAAUCAGUGCCUUAUUCAAUAGCUUUGCUGAAUGGAAUCCGUUUGUAUGGAAGACCAAUUAAAGUGCAGUAUCGGUUUGGGAGUUCUUACUCAUCAGAACUAAACAGCCCUACACAUGGUUUUGAAAACUUUAUUGACUUAUAUUCACCUUCAUAUAGGUAUCAAGAGCCUUAUGGAAAUCCUCCAUUUCCUGUUACUCCUUUUCCCAUGAACAACAGUUUACCUCAUGAAUAUUUAGGAUUUCAGAAGAUGAUGAACCAUUUUUUAGCACAGCAGUACACGGUACAGAGUCCAGUGGGUCAACAGUUUCCUUACUUUCAGAUGACUCCGCCACUGCCUUCAAAUUUAUCCUUUUCUCCCUAUCAGAAUCAAGCUGCAACUUUUAAGUCUGCACAGAGUUCUUUUGAAUUGGCUCUGCCACAUUCAAGUGACUGUGAAGUGCACCAGGUGGAUGAAAGCACCUCUAAAAGAAAGAGAGAGCAGCAAAGUUGUGACAGUGAUACUAGUAUUGAGGAUGACAAAAUGAGACAAAGAGAGCGUGACCAAAAAUACAAGAAGCGCAAAGUCAAGAAAAAGAUGCAUUAAUACUCUGUACUGGAUUAAUCUCUUUUUGUUUGUUUGUUUGCUAUUUUUGAGAGAAAUGUACUCUUUCAUCUUUGCACUUUUAUUAAAAAUGGAAUGUUCAGAAUUCAUGUUAUUUUUGAAAUGUGGUAUGCAUAAAGUAUACUGAUUAUUUAAUCUCAACCUGUUUAAAGAGGAAAGUACUGUAUAAGGUAUUGGAAACAUCUAUGCAUUCAAAAGAUAAAGUUUUCCUAAUAAAAGAAAAAGCCUAGUUGAUUCUCCCUGCCCCUCCCAAAUCAUGGAAGGCUGUUAUUUCACUAAUAUUGAAACUUAAUAAAAACACACUAUUUCAGCCACUCAGGAAGCAUAUGUAUCACUUCUAUCACUUAUGGAAUAUAUUUUUGUGAAUGGUGUAAGAAUUUUCUGGAGCCAUUGAAGAAGUGAGCAGGGUUCCAAGUGUCACUUGAGAGGUGUGUUCAUCACUGAAGUAUCAACACAACUUUCUGAUUUAGCUCUCUUGUUACUUUCACUUAAGUAACCUAGUAUGGUUACUGGUUUUUUUUCUAGUAGUAAAUUUGAGGUAAAACAUGGGCAUUUGCAGGAACUACAUAUGUAUCAAUACUCAAAUGUAUGUACUUAAUGGCUACAGUUAUGUACUGACUGAAACUACAUGCAUAUACUUCUAUAAAGUUACUCUCUAGUGUUUUAUUUGCUUAUUUGAGAAUCUAAAUGUUCGUUGUAACAAAUGGAUGAAAAAUACAAUUGAUAUCUAAUCGACAGCACAAAAGCAUGAAUCAGUGGAGCUAGUACCACCUCUUAUGAAGAGUACCUCUUUAGCAGCUGAAGAAUAAACCAUCUCAUACUGCAAUGAAUCAGAGCAGCCCAGUGACCUAUUUUCUACCUUUCAUUAAUGCCACCAGCAACCUAUUACAGACAGAUACAGACGUAUUGUCUUACACAAUACCAAGUACAGGUGAAGCUCUUUAAGGAUCCUAUUACAGGAGAAAAGCAUUUUCAGCAAUUUAGUUCUAAGAAUA